AUGGAAACCACCUCCCAGACCUCAAAGGUUACUGGUACGUUGCGCCUCUUUCGUACUACAACCGGCGUAGUUGGCUAGCUAACUAAUGCUACUUGCAGUGGAGUAUCAUGACCCUGCUGGAGUGUUCUCCCUAGUAUCUCGCGACAUCGCAUCGAGACUCCCCCUACGAAAUCUCAACUGGCAGUCACCGCCUCGGCCGUUGCGCCAAAUCAAAUCGCUGCACGUUGAGUUCGUGCCUGAUAAGGAUACACAGAGCAGUCUUCGACCUACAGUCUCGCACACCGACUCGGAUGGACCGACAACGAGCUUCGACAUUGUGCGUGGAGGUGGAGGUGAUCCGCGCAGAAAUGCGGUCAAGGAAAGACGGCACCAGAUCCCGGGGUUUAGGACCAGCCCUUACCUAAAGAUCUAUGUUCUACGAUGUGAUGAUAAGGACACAUAUAAAACGACGAGUAGAAGAAAGAUACGAGAAUGGAUUAGAGACAAUGCACAGCCGGACGGCAAGCGAGAAGAUCAUGAUGCCUUCGAGUGGAUGAUUUUGCACGUUGUCAUUCCUGACACGAUAGCUGCGAGCGAGCCUAGAUGGCGAGAAAGUGUGAAGGAUCCCGAGGAACUGAAGGAGAGAAAGGGUGGAUCGAAAUUGAUCGGGAAGAGUACUCGCACUGUCUUCGACAGGCUGCGUGCUGAUUUCAACGAGUCAGGAAAGUCUGGACAAGAUCGUGUUGCGCAGAUCCGCUUGACCAAAGACCGCGUUCCUGCAGACUUGUUACCGACUCCGGCAGUUGCUCAGACUCUGGAAGAAUCGCCCCAAGAACGAGAGAAUGCGUGGAGCCACUUGAUCUCGAAAUUCAAGACCCAGAUCCUUGGGCCCUUCGACCGACGAGUGCGUCAGUAUGAGGCCGACAUUGCGGAGCAAGAGGCUCGAAGAUCUUUCCCGGGUUGGAACUUCUGCACCUUCUUCAUUCACAAGGAGGGCUUAGCAAAAGCUCUGGAAAGCAUCGGGCUUGUCGAAGAUGCCGUUGCGAUAUAUGACGAGCUGUCGCUUGACUUAGAAUCUGUGCUGCGCGAGAUCGCUGCUGGAGAAGCGCAAGGCACAGCAACAAGCUUUGCUGGCUACACUGAUGAUAUUAAGCAGCGCAUCCUCAACUUGGCGGAGAAGCAUACGAACGGAAUCAGUGACCAUGGGACUGAUCCAGAGGCAACGCGCGAUGCCGCAGCCUUAUUUAGCAAGGAUUACAGGGAGCGCAUCGUGAGAAGCGAUAUCUCGGUCUUCGACUUCUUUUGCUACAUUUAUUCCAGACAAAAAGCUUUGAUCCUCCGGCUCGCGAAUGCAAAAGCCAUCAGGGUGCAACUUGGCGCAAAUGCAGACCGUGAAGGGGGCGAGGAUCUGGUCUUGACUUCGGAAGCUUGUUGGCGUGCUUCCAACUUCAUACACAAUGCUGCCAGAUGUCUUCGGCAGGAUCUUGCUAACGCUGCGACAUCAGGGUGCUCGGAUGUGCACGCGUUGGAAGUUGAUGGGCUUGUUUGCUCCUGGACUUGGGCUAUUGCCGGCCAAGUACUCGAAGACACAGCAGUGCCUGCUCUGCUCGAGAUCACAAAACACGGUGCUCAAGAACCACCUCAGGUACCAAAUGGUAAACCGCGAAGACCUCACACGAGUACCGUCCUUGGCGCGAACAUUCAUCCACAACGAACUACCAGCUUGCCCGUGAACAAGGCGAAGCAGCCCGAACUAUCGCGUCCUCAGUCAGAGCAUAGAGCGCAUGACGAUGCGAUGAUAAGACCGUCAUCAAGUGCUGGCCCAGAUGCAGCUCCACCUGUCGGAAUUCCAGGGCAGGCUGAGCUCGCAACCUACCGCGCUGAGCUUGUCCUACUACGUCGAAAAAUGCUAGAGCAACUUGCUAGGCAGCGCGGAUGGUACACGGGCUGGUCUCAUGUCAGUCACUCGAAGCAAAUGUCUAUGCAGAAUGUCAGUCUCGAGGACGCCACGAAAGAUUCUGUUUUGGCCGAAGGCGAUCAGCCAUCGAAGGAACUACAUACUUUGGGUCCCACCCUGAGAAGGUCGCUUGAAACAGAACAAAGCUUUCGUCUCACGUACGAGCAAAUUACGGACAUUGCGAUCCGUCACUACUUUGCGGCCACGCAGAGCAAGUCCACCCACGCACUAUUAGGGGACUUGGCAGUCCUCAAAUGCCAGCAAGGCGAAUAUGACAGCGCUGCAUCAUAUUUCCAGCACACACUGCCUCUGCUUGCUACGGACAGCUGGAACUUGAUGGAGUUCCAGACCCUCCGUGCAUAUUUGGACUGCCUAAAACACCUCGGUCGGCAUGAAGACUAUGCGCAAAACGGACUGACUCUUCUAAUGAAGUCCUUCGCAAAGAAGACUGACAUCAAGGUACCACAUACGCGUUUCUUCCCGCAAGUUCAGGAUGACGCUCUAGAUAUCUCCGGACUUUUCGCUGAUGUGCUUGCGUCUUCUGCAUCUCUACAAAAAGAACUGAUUCGUCCAGUCAAGAGCUUCUUCGAAGAAAUCACACUCGACCCGGAGGUCCGCCAUCAAACAGACACUGAUUCAUUUACGCUUAGUCUGCAGUUACGACAUGUCCUUGGAGACGCGGUGACCCUCGACCAGGUCCGCGCUCGGCUCGUCAGCCAUGAAGACCCAACUCAGGAGAUCUGGCUUGCAUGUGACGGGAAUGUUACUCUUUUGCCCAGUCUCAACAAGAUCGAGUUGGUAGGUACUACUGUGGCGUAUGGCGCCUUCUUGAUUGACAAGAUAGUCCUCGGUGCUGGCAAAAUCCAUUUCGUUGAAGAGCUGCGUCCGCCUCCAAAACCAACACCUCUCGGCUUUACUGAGUUUGAACCGCCCACAGUCACAAUUGUGGAGCCCGAGAAGCCUCCAGCUUUUGUGUACUUGUAUCCUGCGGAACGUGCAUUUGGCGCCGAGAUCCGACGAUCCACGAGUAUACACAUUGACCGGCCGCGACACCUCGAUAUUCUCCUCGACGCAGGACGUAACGAGAUAGAAGCUAUAGAGAUCAAGCUGAAGCCGACAUCUGCUGGGCUGAGACUGCACCUUGCAGAUACUAUUCCAAAUGGCAUUGAUCUGAACAAGGAGGAAGCCAGUAAACCUGGACAGAUUCUGCUUCGAAACCUCAAGUCCGGCGGGAAUGCGUCAGUCACAGUGCCCUACACCGUGGAGCAAUCCAGCAAAGAAAUACGCGUUCGCGUAGAAAUCCGAUACACAACCACUCAAGGAAUCUUCACGUUACUGAGCCUUGCAAAAGUGUUCCACGAGCUACCUCUGGAUGUGGAUGUCAACGAUUCUUUCCAGCUUGAUGCACUGUACUCAACCUUCAUGGUACGAACAACGAAUCGAGUUCCGUUCUCGAUCUUGGGGGCGCAGCUCAAAGAUUCGCCAGUCUAUGCUAUUGAGGCUCCGCCAGUCCUACCGCUGCCGCUCAACAUAUUCGAGUCACAGCCAAUGAAUCUGGUGUACAAAAUCACAAGAAAGACGGCUACAAGCAAGACAACUAUGAAAAAGGACGCAGCGCUCGCUUUACACGUCAGCUAUCAGCCGAUGGACGAGAUCUUGCUCCAGAACCUCUGCGAGGCCUUUGUAGAGGAUCUUGGGCGAAGCGAUUUCGGCGAUCUUUGCCGCCUGUUGACUCCAAUGCUGCUCGAGCGAUCUAGGAAAUUCAUUCGCGGAGCAGACUUGGAAAUGGCAGCACUGCUUGGAGAGGCUAGAAUUCCUGACUUUGACACAGUCGGAUGGCAAGAGCUCGUUGCCACUCUGCGAUCAGAUCGUCGCUCGAGACUGGAAGCAUGGCUCCGACGAUGGCAUGCGGAUCACGUAGCAGUGCCUGUACUCUGCGACGAAGGCCGCGAUACAGCUACGCACGAAAUCAUCAUUUCUGUGGACGUUCCAAAUGUGGACAUGGUGUUCAGUGCCUCACUGCAUCUACAGCAACUCCUAGUGCCUGCGGCCUCAGGGCGGCAGUCUCUUGUGCUCGGUGAGCCUGUACAAGCCACAGUUCAGAUCAAGUCAACGGCACAAUGGAGCGCAAAGAGCAUCUUCCCGAAUGUACCGACCUUCAAGAUACAAGGCGACAAUGAGCGGCCAACGUCGUUCGUUUGCGACGUUAGCACAGACAAUGACACCUGGAUCGUCGGCGGCCAAAGGAGGUGCCACUUCGUUCCCCAGAAUGACAAGGAGCACAGUGUCCAUGUCAUCUUGAUACCGCUCAAACUCGGAACGCACCCACUGCCUUUCGUUGAAGUACAGCAGGAGUCUUCGGAUCCGGAAUCCAAUGACCGGGAGCUGGACGACGGUCACGUCUCUUGCCAUACACACUAUGAGAACGCCGGGAAACUCGUGCAAGUCAUUCGCAAUGUCCGAACGUCUAGGAUCGAUAUUCCAGAAGCGCUGGCAGCUGUUGCAUUACCUCCAUCGCGACCAGGGACUGCAUCGACCAAGGAGGCUGGAUGA